GUGAACCUCAAGCACCCUUCCCAGUGGCUGCCUCAUUCUCACUCUGAACCCGCUGCUUCCGGCCUCGCGACCUCGAGCCUCAGUCAGCCUCGCGUCCAGCUUUGACGAGUCGCCGUCCGUCAGCCUCUGUCUCCCUCCGUAUCACAUUGCAUCCAGCCACUCGCCAGGUUACUGCGUUUCUCCGUCAGAGCCUCUUAUAGUCUUAUGCCUCCAUCAGACGAAAAGGGAUUUCACAUUGGCAAGAAGGGAUCGAUAGCUCAACCUUGAAAGGAUUAGAUAGAACUAUUUGUAUUGAGCAACUCAAAAAGAAAUUAUGUUGAAUGGAUUUUACAAACGACUCCUUCCGUCACCCCCUGCAAUUGAUUUUGUUUCCAACAAUGGGAAGAAACUUUUCUUAGAAGCCUAUCAAAAUGGAACCAUGCAAGGCUUCAACAGUUUGAUUUCCCAUUUCCAAACUCAAACGGAACUUACUUAUUGUGGUCUCGCAAGUCUAACCAUGGUCUUAAACUCACUUGCCAUUGAUCCUGGAAGGAAAUGGAAAGGACCUUGGAGAUGGUUUGAUGAAUCUAUGUUGGAUUAUUGUGGACCUUUGGAAACUGUCAGAGCUAAUGGCAUCUCAUUCGAGAAACUUGCAUCCUUAGGUCAUUGUGCCGGAGCAAAAGUUGAGGCAUUUCGUGCAAGCAAUAUCACUAUCGAUGAUUUUCGCAAAUAUGUCACCAAGUGUUCAACUACUGAUGAUUGUCAUAUAAUUGCAUCAUAUCACCGAGCUGCUCUCAAACAAACAGCAGGUGGGCACUAUUCUCCCAUAGGUGGCUACCACGCUGGAAAAGACAUGGUUCUUAUUUUGGAUGUUGCGCGGUUCAAGUACCCUCCCCAUUGGGUUCCACUUUCACUUAUUUGGGAAGGCAUGAACUAUACUGUUGGAUCAACUGGAAAAACAAGGGGGUUCUUGCUUGUAUCAAGGCCUCACAAGGAACCUAACAUGCUUAAAUAAUCUGAUUUGAAAGACCUCUGUAUGAUUCUUUCACUUAUAAUCACGCUGCUUCUACCCAAUUUUGAGGAAUGCAUUGAUUGGAUUGCAGAAAUCAAGAAGCCAGAAGGUGUGGUUCCAAUUUUAAGCACCAAUGGGAAAUCAGGUUUUGCUGACAAGCUUUACAUCAAUUUGUCAUAUGAUUUAUACGUUUAGAGAUAACAGUAGUUAACUAGUUUGUUAUCCAGAAAAAAGGUAUUGAAAUUGUUAAUCACCUUUCAUAUAGUUCAAGGUGGAUCUUGUUUAUAGAUAAAUACAUUAUAAUGUAACCAAAAUUAAUCAGUAUUUUUCA